AUGCACCCCAGACCCAUCGACUCCACCAGGGAGACCCCCGCAGCCCGCAGUGAGAUCGAGGCCUACUUUCCGGACGGGGGAAUCCGCGCCUGGCUCACGGUGCUGGGUGGAUUUCUGGCCUUUGUUGCUACCCUCGGCUUCCUCACUGGGGGGUCAGUCUUCCAGAGCUACUAUGCCUCCACUGCGCUUCCCAAGGAGAACCCCUCUACCAUUAGCUGGAUAGGUAGUGUGCAGGUUUGGGGUUGUUAUUUCUUUGGACUCUGGUCUGGCCGGUUGUCGGACAGGUAUGGGCCGACCUUACCACUGUCAGUGGGAACAUUCUUGAUGGUCUUCGGAAACAUGAUGUCGUCUCUUGCUACCGAGUUCUACCAGGUUCUGCUAUCUCAGGGCUUUUGCCUGUCGAUCGGCAUGGGUCUAGCUUUCACGCCCACCCUCGCAGUACAGUCUCAGUGGUUUCUCAGACGCCGUGGGUUUGUCGUCGCGGCUGUUAUGUCGGGCCAGAAUCUAACAUAUUUCACGCUCCUUACAGGAGUCAUUUGGCCGGUCCUCACGAAUAAGCUUCUCAAUGAAAAGGGCUUUUCGCUCCACUGGACUCUGCGCAUUAUCGCCUUCAUGCAGUUGGCUUUGAUGGUUGCCGCCACUCUCCUCAUCCAACCCCGAUUUGCCCGCAGCAGGGAGCGCGAGCUCCUUCCCCUGAGGCGAUAUUUUACUGAUAAACGCACCGUCCUCUUUACGUUCGCACUCCUCAUUAUGAACCUGGGCAUUUACAUCCCAUGGUUUUUCAUCACACCAUACGCCAUGCAGUGGGGAACAUCACCGAGCCUGGCAUUCUAUGACGCGGCCAUUUUGAACGCGGGCGGGUUCUUUGGAUGCUACGCUCUGGGGCUCAUCGCAGAUUCGGGCUUCGGAUUCUUGAACGCCCUGACCCUUACUUGUGUUGCCUGUGGUGUGGUCGGAUUCGCUUGGAUCAGUGCCACGAGCGUCCCCGGAAUAAUUGUGUGGGCAUUGGCCUACGGACUCCUGUCGGGAGCAAUCCAAGCCAUUUUUUCACCUUGUUUAUCUCUAUUAGCUCCAUCGCCGGAGGUCCUUGGGUCCUGGAAUGGCAUUUGCAUCACCAUUAACUCUUUUGCAGUGCUUGGGACCGGUCCAAUUGCAGGACGAUUGCUCGAGAACACGGGCAGGACCAAUUACCUACCGAUGCAGGUCUUCACCGGUGUCACCAUGAUUACCGCAGGUGUCUUGUUCGGAGCCACUCGGUUUUGGAUUUCCUGUGAACCCGAAUAA